CCUUUGUUCUCUCUGUAUCUAAGUGCUUUCUCUUAUUCUUGAGCAAGUACCUCAUAGUGUCGACAUGGUUUGCAAGGAAGAUCUAUUGAUCGAACAAGUCUGCGAGCUAUACGAACAAAUCUCGAGCUUAGACACACUCAAACCUUGCAAAAAUGUUGACACACUUUUCACCAAACUUGUUCUCACAUGCAUGCCACCUAGUUCCAUUGAUGUUACCAAACUAAGCACAAAAGUUCAAGAAAUCAGAUCCAAACUCAUAAGGCUAUCUGGUGAAGCUGAAGGCCAUUUAGAAAGCCACUACUCAACCAUCAUAGCUUCAUACAAUAAUCCACUCAAUCAUCUCAACAUCUUCCCCUAUUAUUCAAACUACCUCAAACUUAGUCUCCUUGAAUUCAAUAUCCUAACCAAACACUCCACUAAUGUUCCUAAAAAAGUUGCCUUUAUUGGCUCAGGUCCACUUCCACUUACUUCACUUGUCUUAGCCUCAAACCACUUGCAAAACACAAUCUUUCACAACUAUGAUAUUGACCCUUUAGCCAAUUCCAAAGCCUCUUGUUUAAUUUCUUCCGAUCCGGAAUUAUCAAAGCGUAUGGUUUUUAUUACCAAUGAUAUUUUAGAUGUUUCUAAUGCUUUGAAAGAAUAUGAAGUUGUGUAUUUGGCAGCACUCGUUGGAAUGAAUGUUGAGGAAAAGAAUCAAAUCAUUGAUCAUCUGGCUAAGAACAUGGCGCCAGGAGCACUUCUCAUGCUGAGGAGUGCUCAUGGUGCUCGUGCUUUUCUGUAUCCGGUUGUUGAUACUAGUAACCUUCCGGGUUUUGAGGUCCUCUCUGUGUUUCAUCCAAUGGAUGAGGUUAUCAAUUCAGUUGUCAUAGCAAGGAAGUAUCCCAUGGUUUUGUUGCCAAACAAGUACUGUUGUUCUGAUGAGGUUCAAGCUUUCAAACCAAUGAUCAACCAUGGGAUUGAGGAAUUGGUCGUUGAAGAUAAUUAAGCUAUAACUAAUUAAUAAACUGAUCUUUCUUUUUAGAUCACACUACAUAUGCAUGUUUUCUAUCUGGUUUUCCCCAAUGCUUGACAUGGCUAUUGUGUCUUUAUAGCAAUAUGUAAUAUUUCCAUUUAUGUCUUAACUUGUUUGGACUAUCUAGCAUUUAUAUAUUUUUGAUGUUGUUGUUGU